UCCGGGCCGCGGAGGCUGAGGGGACCGUUGGGCGCGCGGACAGCUCGGACUCGGCCGGCGGAGGGAGCGGCCGUUCUGGGGCUCCGAAGUCCGCCAUCGGUGUCACCAGGCUAAAGGCAAGGUGUCAGCAGGGCUGGCUCCUUCUGGAGGCCCCAGGGGAGAACCCAUUUCCUGCCUUUCCAGCUUCUAGAGGCGCCUGCAAUCCUUGGCUCACGGCACCUUACUCCACCUUCAAAGCCCGUCAGUCUCAUCUCUGCUUCCAGCAUCACAUGGCCUUCUCUCUGACCUUGACCUUCCUGUUUUCCUCUGAUAAGGACCCUGUGGAUACCCAGGGCCACUGGGGAGAGUCCAGAAGAACCUUCCAUCUCAGGACCCUUCACCUCAUCACAGCUGCAAGGUGCCUUCGGCCACGUGAGGGCAUUAUUUCAAGAAAAAAUAUGGCAGCAUCAGGCGUUCUCUGAACUGUGGACCCUGGAAUAAGAACUAUGCUCCUGGUCUUGGAGGCACACUGAGAUGUAUAGAGCGGGGGACACAGCGGAGCGCCCCCUGCAGGGGACAGCGGCCCCUCGCGUGAGGAGUGUGGAGGUUGCCAGGGGAAGAGCGGGGUAUGGCUUCACCCUUUCUGGUCAGGCGCCCUGCGUGCUCAGCUGUGUCAUGAGGGGGAGCCCCGCGGAUUUUGUGGGCCUCCGUGCUGGAGACCAGAUUCUUGCUGUCAAUGAAAUCAAUGUGAAGAAAGCAUCCCACGAGGACGUGGUAAAAUUAAUCGGGAAAUGCUCUGGGGUCCUGCGCAUGGUGGUGGGGGAAGGCCUCGGCCACUUAGAGUCGUGCUCCAGCGACGAGGAAGUGGGAUUCUAUGAAGGAAAAGGCUGGCUGAAGCCCAAGCUCGAUUCUAAAGCGUUAGGUAUAAACAGAGCAGAGAGAGUCGUUGAAGAAAUGCAGUCGGGUGGAAUUUUCAAUAUGAUCUUUGAAAAUCCUAGUCUUCGUGCAAGCAGUUCAGAGCCCGUGAAAUUGAAACAAAGAUCCCUUUCAGAGUCAGCUGCCGAGCGAUUUGACCUUGGACAUGAAAGUAUAAAUAAUCCGCACCCCAGCCUGCUUUCCAAGGAGGAAAUAUCGAAAGUUACUCAUGACGAUUCGGUUUUCAGCAUUGGACUAGAGAAUCAUGAAGACUUUGGGUUAGAUGCCAGCAUUCUGAACGUCGCCAUGGUCGUCGGCUACUUAGGUUCUAUCGAGCUCCCUUCCACGAGCUGCAGCCUGGAGUCCGACAGCUUCCAGGCCAUCCGCGGCUGCCUGCGGCGUUUGCGGGCCGAGCAGAAGAUCCACUCCCUGGUGACGAUGAAGGUCAUGCACGACGGCGUGCGGCUGUGCACCGACAAGGCCGCCGUGCUGGCCGAGUACCCCGCCGAGAAGCUGGCGUUCAGCGCCGUGUGCCCGGACGACAGGAGGUUUUUCGGGCUUGUGACCAUGCAGAGCAGCGACGACGGCAGCCUGGCGCGGGAGGACGAGGGUGUCUUGCGGACUUCCUGCCACGUGUUCAUGGUGGAUCCCGACUUGUUCAACCACAAGAUCCAUCAGGGCAUUGCCCGGCGGUUUGGAUUCGAGUGCACUGCCGACCCCGACACCAACGGCUGCCUGGAGUUCCCGGCAUCCUCCCUCCCCGUCCUGCAGUUCAUCUCCGUGCUCUACAGAGACAUGGGCGAGCUGAUCGAGGGGGUGCGAGCCCGGGCCUUUGCGGACGGGGACGCGGACGCGCACCAGAACACCAGCACCAGCAGCAACAGCGACAGCGGCAUCGGAAACUUCAACCAGGAGGAGAGAAGCAGCCGCGUGCUGGUGGUUGACCUGGGCGCCGGCUCCAGCAGGCAUGGCCCGGGCAGCAGCACGUGGGAGGGUGCGGGCGGGAGGGGCGCCCAGCCUUGGGGCGCCGCCUGGAAUGGGGCCUUCUGCCACGACCCUGAGGGGGGGGCCCCAUUUGAGGCCGCUCUGCAGGCUGACAGGUGCUGGGACUUCAGUAAGCACUUAGGGCCCGCUGCUCACGUCGAGGUGCCCCCGGCCUCCUUGCGGAGCUCCGUCCCUCCUUCCAAGAGAGGCACUGCGGGCGCUGGCGGUGGUUUCAGCCAGCGGUGGCUUCCGGUUCACGUCCUGCAGGAGUGGCAGUGCGGUCACGCCAGCGACCAGGAGUCUUACACGGACUCUACCGACGGGUGGUCCAGCAUCAACUGCGGCACGCUGCCCCCACCCAUGAGCAAGAUUCCCGCCGACCGCUACCGGGUGGAGGGCAGCUUGGUGCAGCCCCCGCUGAGCACCCAGAAAAGGGACUGGUCCAGGAAGGCUUUUGGGAUGCAAAACAUUUUCGGUCCCCAUCGAAAUGUUAGAAAGACUAAGGAAGACAAAAAGGGCUCAAAGCUUGGACGGGGACUCGGACUCGCUCAGACUUCUCAGCGCACCUCGGCUCGGAGAUCGUUCGGAAGAUCUAAAAGAUUUAGUGUUACUCGCUCCCUCGAUGACCUUGAGUCUGCAACUGUAUCUGAUGGCGAGCUGAGCGGCGCCGACCGGAAGGACUGCGUGAGCAACCACAGCCUGAGCAGCAAUGCCAGCCUCCCCAGCGUGCAGAGCUGCCGGCGCCUGCGCGACAGGAGGGUCGCCAGCUGGGCCGUGUCCUUCGAGCGUCUCCUGCAGGACCCGCUCGGUGUCCGAUACUUCUCUGAUUUUCUCCGGAAGGAAUUCAGUGAAGAGAACAUUUUAUUCUGGCAGGCCUGUGAAUAUUUUAAUCAUGUUCCUGCACACGACAAAAAAGAGCUUUCCUACAGGGCCCGCGAGAUCUUCAGCAAGUUCCUGUGCAGCAAGGCCACCACCCCGGUCAACAUUGACAGCCAGGCCCAGCUGGCAGACGACAUUCUCAGCGCCCCCCACCCCGACAUGUUCAAGGACCAACAGCUCCAGAUUUUCAACCUGAUGAAGUUUGACAGCUACACGCGCUUCCUGAAGUCGCAGCUGUACCAGGAGUGCAUCCUGGCGGAGGUGGAGGGUCGCCCCCUGCCGGACGCGCAGCAGGUGCCGAGCAGCCCUGCCUCCAAGCACAGCAUCAGCUCCGACCACUCCAAUGUGUCCACGCCAAAAAAGUUGAGUGGAAAAUCAAAGUCUGGAAGAUCCCUGAAUGAAGACUUGGGGGACGAGGACAGCGAGAAGAAACGAAAAGGAGCCUUUUUUUCUUGGUCCAGGACCCGGAGCACCGGGCGGUCCCAGAAGAAGAAGGACCACAGUGACCAUGCAAACGACGCUCCUCACGCCAACGGAGGCCUGGGCCGCAGGGAGUCACAGGGCUCCGUGUCCUCGGCAGGGAGCCUGGACCUGUCAGAGGCCUGCAGGACCUUGGCACCUGAGAGGGACAAGGCCGCCAAGCACUGCUGCAUCCAGCUCCCCGACGGGACGUCCUGCGUGGUGCUCGUCAAGGCGGGGCUGUCCAUCAAGGAGGUCCUGUGCGGGCUCUGCGAGCGGCACGGCAUCAAUGGGGCCGCCGUGGACCUCUUCCUGGUGGGCGGGGACAAGCCGCUGGUGCUGCAUCAGGACAGUAGCAUCUUGGCAUCUAGGGACCUGCGCCUGGAAAAGCGAACUUUGUUUCGGUUGGAUCUGGUUCCAAUUAACCGGUCAGUGGGACUCAAGGCCAAGCCCACCAAGCCUGUCACGGAGGUGCUGCGACCUGUGGUGGCCAAAUAUGGCCUGCACCUGGGUGAGCUGGUGGCCAGGCUGAGUGGAGAGAAAGAGCCCCUAGACCUCGGUGCCCCCAUAUCGAGUCUGGAUGGACAGCGGGUCAUCUUGGAGGAGAGGGACCCCUCCAGAGGAAAAGGGUCCACAGAUAAACAGAAAGGCACGCCGGGCAAGCAGAGCAUGGCUGUGAGCUCCAGCUCCAGGAGCCUCUCGGCGACGGGAGAGGAGAGAACACUAGGCAAGUCUAAUUCUAUUAAAAUAAAAGGAGAAAAUGGAAAAAAUGCUAGGGAUCCCCGGCUUUCAAAGAGAGAAGAAUCUAUUGCAAAGAUUGGGAAAAAAAAAUAUCAGAAAAUUAAUUUGGACGAAGCAGAGGCGUUUUUUGAGCUCAUUUCCAAAGCUCAGAGCAAUAGAGCAGACGACCAGCGCGGGCUGCUGAGGAGGGAGGACCUGGUCCUGCCCGAGUUUCUGCGGUUACCUCCUGGCGCCACCACGCCCGCCCUGCCCUGCACGGCUGUGGCCAAAGGCUCCAGCAAGAGCUCCCUGAGCAGCACCAGCAAGGAGGCGCCCUGGCCGCGAGACCACCCCGAGAGCCCGGCCACCAGCCCCGGCUCGGCCGACGGCUCACCCUUCUGCACCCCUACCACCCCCACACCCCACGCGCAGGAAGCUGAGGCCGGGGGCGUCCAGACUGUGGAGGGCGAGCACGUGGCCGACCUGACGCUCACUGGGGAGGGGGACAUCAGCAGCCCCAACAGCACUUUACUGCCGCCGCCCCCCACCCCGCAGGACUCGGCUGGACCUCCGAGACCAGGAGGCGGGUCCCACGGCAGCCGAGGCAUCCCCGCCAGCACCAUCAUUGAUGUGGACAGCGUUGCUGGCUCGGCACCCGGGCUCGGCCGUGGGGUCCCGGGUGUAUGGACAGGCCCCCGGAGGUCACAGGCCAGCAGGCCCCCAGCCUCAGACCUCCCUGGCCUGAGCCCUGUGCCAGGUGGGCCCGCCAAGCCCAAGGCCAGCCCGCACCACGCUACCUUCGUCUGAGGCCGCCUACAGCCGUUCCCCUGUCGGCCUUCCUCCUACCCCUCCGGACUGAGUGCGCAUCCAAGCUGCCCAUCUGGACCUGCGUGUGGAAGCCCAGUAACCUCGUGGGGUCCCCCAAGCCCAUCUCAAGGGUCUUGGAAGGGUCACCGCAGCCACCACGCCCUUGGGAACCAAACCAGGAGAGGGCGGAGGGUCUGGCCUCGGACACGCGCCACGGCUGGCUCAGAGGCUCCUCGGACCCCGCCCCUGCCCCUGGUGUUCAGCCUUCCCUCAAUAAAGUGUCUUCGAGGACCCCCAAGCGUCGGCCUCGUACUGGGUGCUGGGGUCCCAGACCCUGUCCUCCAGGAGGCUUUGUUGCCAGGGGCCUCCGUGAAUGUGUCGGGAGAGGGGCUGGGACAACGGCUCUUGUGCUGAGGUCCAAGUGGGACUCAAGGCCAGGCCCUGUGGGAAGCGACCCUGCAGGUCAGGCCUGGCCUUGUCCACUUCACACCUUCCCCUGCCGGUCAGCGCAGGCGCUCCUCUCCAGGAUGAGCUAGGAGAGCCAUGAGGUCAGCUGGUCACGGCUCUGCGGCUAUGAGCCAGGUCUCCUGCCAGGGCUCUGGGCUGCUGUGGCUCUGAGGGCACAGCGGGGACUCUUCAGGAUGAUGAGCUCUGUCCCCCUGUUCUUGGCCUCACUUAGAGGGAUGGUCUGGCAGGGCCUGUCUGUGGAAGGAGUAUCUCAGCGGAGACCUGACUAUGAAGACGCCCUGGGAAAGUGUCAGGGCCGUGCAAAGGCCCUGAGGCUGGAGUGAGUUUGGUUGCAGAGGGCUUGAGCUGAGUCAGGAGAACAUGGGUGGCAGGCCAGGGGGCAGGGUCAUGGCGUGGUAUGAGGUUGAAACAGAUAGAGAUGGUGCCAUCGGCCCAGGUUGCCUCGGUGGAACCCCAAUGUUGAGCAGCUGAAUGCUGAGGGGCCCCCACGUCCCUUCCUCAGAGAUCAUGGAGAGGGAUGGGGGCUUCAUCUUACCAGGUUUGUCAGGGAGGGCCUGAGGCCUGAGGGUGCACAGCGAAGCCAUGGGAUUGUCCUGGGUGCUUCCAGGGAGUGGCCCCCAGUGAGCAGUGCUCUGAGCAAAGCCCAGAGGAGGUGUUGGAAUGAAACAGAGGGCCCAGCCCCCUCUCCCUCUCUCUGCACAGAUGGGAAAACAGUACCCAGACAGAGUGCUAUUUGGGGGCACACAGCGAGGCAGGUGCAGUGCCAGCCUCCCCUGUGCCCCACGCAGGCAGCCGAGCUCACUCACAGGAAACUGAGGCUUCCCGGAAAAUGCAGUAGAGGUCCCCACGGCAGCUCGGCCCCCAGCCCCCAGCCUGCCUUCUGGGCAGGGAGGGGCAACUGCUGCAGCUGCGUCGGGGGUCGGUGCCCCCAUUCCAGUUCACAGAGGGGGACAGCAGUACUCACAGACCUGGGUGGGACCCCAAGCCCCUAGGUACCUGGCUGGGACUCUGCUGGGGACCAGAGAGGGAGCCCAGGGGAGGAGAGAGGGGACACUUCUGGGCACCCCUGAGGCAGGGCAGACUGG